AUGCUGCGAAAAGUUGACAUCAUUUCGAUGAUGGAAACGUCGCAAAGGGAUCUUGGAAAAGUGAGCGAGGGCAGAUAUAACUUCGGAAUUCAAAUACCGGGAAUGGAUGAUUCUCAACCCCAAAUCGGGUCUUUUCUGGAACAAUUGGUCGACUACCCACUUUUGGACUUGGACGGCUACGAAGCAAUUCUUUUGACAAAACGAACAAAAUUGAAGAAAUUAGUGGAAUUGUUUGCGAAAAUAUGCGACGAUCCUGGAGACGACGCCUUAAUGUUUAACAGAGACAGUUAUCUUCUCCUUCCAAAAAAGCCAUACGAGAACUGCACCUUGUUGAUUUCAAAAAAUAAAAAUGUGCCAGCAAUUAAAUUCGAUGCUGUUAAUGAUCUCGAGGCAGCCCAAGACCCAAGAUUUCUUUUCCCAGUUUUAUAUUAUCGUAAUAAAGAAUACAAAAUCCCGGAAUGGGUCGAAGACGAAGAUCGAAAAGCAAAAACAAAGUUAGAACUCGCAAUUCAAAAAUCAAAGAAAACACAGAAGAAGCAGCCCGCGAAAAAAGUCGACCAGAAAAACAAGAAACAAGAAAAACCGAUUAUUGAAAAGAGUCAGUUACAAAAGAAGAAUCGAGAGAAGGAUUCUUCAUAUUCCGAUGCUCCUGCUUCUCAGCUUGAGCUCGAUUAUUCUGAUGAUGAUGCUGAGUGGGUCACAGUGGAAAAGAAAAAGACAAAAAAGAAAAAAGAAGAAACGCCGAUUAAACAGAAGAAAGUAAGUGGUGCCGUUUCACAAGAGGAAGUAUUGAAAAAUGAAAUGGAGAAGGACUUCAGAAGGCUAGAAAUGGAGGUAAAAGACAUUAGGAAGGAAAAUCUUUCUUCUACCAAUUCGAUUGCUCCAAAGCUUGAACUCGAUAAUUUUGAAGAAGCAGUCUGCCAGAACCAAUCAAUAGAAGAUGACCAAGAUCUUCUGAAAAGAGAAACAGAGGUCAUUGAGCCAGAUGAAGCUUUCCACGACAGUAAAAAGCUUGCGAAAGAAAAUAUAGCAAAGAAAAACCUCGAAGUGAACCGAAUCAAUUCCAGCGACUCGUUUUCAGCCCAGUUUGUCAUCAGCGCCGCCAAGAACUUGACCCAGCCGAGAAAUCGAGACAACAUCGAAACCGUCUUGGAGAAGAGUUUACCCUUCAUGACUUCCCAAUCGCUGUGGUUCACCAUUCAAGAAAUGGACGAAGAGCACAAAUACUUUGAAAAGUUUUUCUAG